AUGAAGGUCGCCCUCUCCGCCGUCUUUGUCGCGUGCCUUUCGGCGCUGCAGGUCAGCGCCCAGGUCAAGGGCACCGCGUUUGGCUUCGCCACUGGCACCGUCGGCGGCGGCAACGCCAAGCCUCAGACGCCCACGAGCCCCGCGCAGCUCAAGCAGUGGCUCGAGGACGACGUCGCCCGCGUCAUCAUGCUCGACCGCGAGUACAACUUCAAGGGCUCCGACGGCACGUGCACCAACUGCGCCGGCUGCAUCCCGACGUCGUACAAGUGCGGCAACAAGGCGCAGCUCGCCAUUGCCGUGCCUGGCCAGACGUGGUGCGACAGCCUGCCCAAGACCAAGGUCACCUACGACAAGGCCGCCCUCACCCCCAUCCAAGUCAAGUCCAACAAGUCCAUCGUCGGCGUCGGAAGCAAGGGCAUCAUCCGCGGCAAGGGCCUGCGCAUGGCCAACGGCGUAAAGCAGGUCAUCAUCCAGAACGUCCACAUCACAGACCUCAACCCUCAGUACAUCUGGGGCGGCGACGCUAUCACCCUCGCUGGCACCGACAAGAUCUGGGUCGACCACAGCAAGACGAGCCUGAUCGGCAGGCAGCACUUUGUCACUGGCUUCUCGUCGUCGGGCGGCGUCACCGUGUCGAACCACGAGUUUGACGGCAAGACGAGCUGGUCGUCGUCGUGCGACGGCCACCACUACUGGGCCAUCCUGGGCUACGGCAAGGGCGACCAGAUCACGUUUGCCAACAACUACGUCCACGACACCUCGGGACGCUCGCCCAAGCUCGAGUACAACAGCGUGUGGCACGUGUACAACAACUACUGGUCCAACAACUCGGGCCACGCCUUUGACGUCGGCGAGGGGGCCCAGGCCUUCAUCGAGGGCAACGUGUUUGAAAACGUCAAGAAGACCGUCGAGCCCAACAAGGCGCCCGGCUCCAUCUUUGCCCCCACCAGCGCCAACGUCGGCACCUGCAAGUCCUACCUCGGCCGCAACUGCCAGCCCAACAUCUACAGCGGCGGCUCGCCCGCCAUCGUCGGUACCCAGUCCGGCUUCCUCGCCAACUUCAAGAACUACAAGGCCCCCGCCGCCCAGUCGGCCUCCAGCGUCAAGAGCCAGGUCGUUGCCCACGCCGGUGUCGGAAAGAUCUGA